CGAAGGACUAGGCGGCGGCGGAAGAUGGUUCCGGGGGCUGCCGGGGCUGCCCGCGGAGGAGGAGGCGCUGCCGCCGGGUCACCAGAUUUCAUUUUGAACAGUAAUGUCAUUCUGUUGCCAAUAUCAAGCAAAGGAAGCAUAUACCAGUUUUUAGUCUCUUACAGUUAAGAAAAGUGGUAUCCCCUUUAACAGUGCCUGAAGUUCUUAAAUGACCAUAUCAGAGUGAGAGACAUAUACUCCCAGAAUCCAGAGAAAUCAUCAUGAAGUUAUAUGUAUUUUUGGUCAACACUGGAACUACCCUAACAUUUGACACUGAACUUGCAGUGCAAACUGUGGCAGACCUUAAACAUGCAAUCCAAAGCAAAUAUAAGAUUGCAAUUCACCAGCAAGUACUGGUAGUAAAUGGAGGAGAAUGUAUGGCCUCAGAUCGAAGAGUAUGCACUUACAGUGCUGGGACAGACACAAAUCCAAUUUUUCUGUUUAACAAAGAAAUGAUCUUAUGUGAUCGUCCACCUGCUAUUCCCAAAACGACAUUUUCAGCAGAAAAUGACAUGGAAUUAAAAGUUGAAGAAUCUCUUAUGAUGCCUGCAGUUUUUCAUACUGUAGCCUCAAGGACACAACUUGCUGUGGAAAUGCAUGAGGUUGCCAAGAAGCUUUGUUCGUUUUGUGAAGGUCUGGUCCAUGAUGAACAUCUUCAGCAUCAAGGCUGGGCUGCAAUAAUGGCCAAUUUAGAGGAUUGUACAUUAUCCUACCAAAAACUGCUUUCCAAGUUUGAAAGUGCUUAUUCAAAUUAUCUACAAUCCAUAGAAGAUAUCAAGUUGAAGCUUACACAUUUAGGAACUGCGGUUUCAGUAAUGGCCAAGAUUCCACUUUUGGAGUGCCUAACAAGACAUAGCUACAGGGAAUGUUUGGGAAGACUUGAUUCUUCUCCUGAACAUGAAGGGAAAGAAACAGAGAACAAUGAGACUGAAAAAUCAUCAGAAUUGGUGCUUUAUCCUGAUAUGCCUCAGAUGACUAACAAAUCAUUGUUAGCCUCAUAUUGCAAAUCAGUGGAACAUUCAGCCCUGGACAACACAGAUCCUGAAAGUGGCAAAGAAAUUAGAGAAUCUCGUCAGAGCACUAUGCAGGAGGAAGAAAUUUCAGAACCUAAAGAGAGUGAUUUGCCUUCUUUCAAUGUUUCUUUAUUAGACUGGAUAAAUGUUCAAGAUAGACCUAAUGAUGUGGAAUCUUUGGUUAGGAAGUGCUUUGAUUCUAUGAACAGGCUUGAUCCAAGGUUCAUUCAGCCUUUUUUGGUAGAGUGUCGACAAACUGUUGCCAAACUGGAUAAUCAGAACAUGAAAGCCAUUAAAGGACUUGAAGACAGGCUUUAUGCACUGGAUCAGAUGAUAGCUAGCUGCAGCCGAUUGGUAAAUGAACAAAAAGAACUUGCUCAGGGAUUUUUAGCUAAUCAGAAGAGAGCUGAAAACUUGAAAGAUACUUCUGUGCUACCUGAUUUGUGCCUGAGUCAUGCAAAUCAGUUGAUGAUUAUGUUGAAUAAUCAUAGAAAACUAUUGGAUAUUAAACAAAAAUGUACCACUGCCAAACAAGAACUUGCAAAUAAUCUACAAGUCAGAUUGAAGUGGUGUUGCUUUGUUAUGCUUCAUGCUGACAAAGAAGGAGAGAAGCUACAAGCUUUGCUCCGCCUUGUAACAGAGCUGCUAGAACGAGUCAAGAUUGUAGAAGCUCUUAGUACAGUACCACAGAUGUACUGCUUAGCUGUUGUUGAAGUUGUAAGAAGAAAAAUGUUCAUAAAACACUACAGGGAGUGGGCUGGUGCUUUAAUCAGUGAUGGAAAACAUUUAUAUGAAGCUGAAAAGUCAAAAAGGGAAUCUUUUGGAAAACUGUUUAGGAAAUCUUUUUUAAGAAAUCGUCUGUUUAGGGGACUUGACUCCUGGCCUCCUUCUUUUUGUACUCGAAAACCUCGGAAAUUUGAUGGUGAACUUCCAGAUAUUUCCUUAACUGAUUUGAAGUUUCUGCAGUCUUUCUGUCCUUCAGAAGUACAACCAUUACUCAGGGUUCCAUUACUUUGUGACUUUGAACCUCUACACCAGCAUGUACUUGCGCUACGUAAUUUAGUGAAAGCAGCACAAAGUUUGGAUGAAAUGUCACAGACCAUUACAGACCUACUGAGUGAACAAAAGGCUUCCAUGAGUCAGACAUCCCCACAAUCAGUUACUACACCAAGGAUGGAAAGUACAACAGGAAUUACAACUACUACCUCACCUAGAACUCCUCCUCCACUCACUAUUCAGGAUCCCCUGUGCCCUCCGGUGUGUCCAUUAGAAGAAUUGUCUCCAGAUAGCAUUGAUGCCCAUACAUUUGAUUUUGAGACAAUUCCUCAUCCAAAUAUAGAACAAACCCUUCACCAAGAAUCUUUAGAUUUAGACUCUUUAGCUGAAAGCCCUGAAUCUGAUUUUAUGUCAGCAGUGAAUGAAUUUGUAAUAGAAGAAAAUCUAGCAUCUCCUAAUCCUAUAAGUGACCCACAAAGUCCAGAAAUGAUGGUAGAAUCACUCUAUUCUUCAGUUAUCAAUGCAAUAGACAGCAGACGCAUGCAGGAUACAAAUAUAUGUGGUAAAGAAGAUUCAGGAGACCAUGCUUCUCUAAAUGUUCAAAUGGAAAAAUGUAGAGUUGUUGCCCAAGAGUCCCAGUUCAAUUUACAAAACAUAAAAGAAGACCUGUGUCACUUCAGAACACUUGUGCAGAAGGAACAGUGUGAUUUCUCUAAUUCUUUAAAAUGUACAGCUGUAGAAAUACGAAAUAUCGUUGAAAGAGUAAAAUGUUCCCUGGAAAUAACACUAAAAGAAAAACAUCAGAAAGAACUGCAGUCUUUAAAAAAUGAGUAUGAAGCUAAGCUCAAUGCAUUAAUAAAAGAUAGUGAAGAAAAUGAAAAAAAGAUUAAAAAAUUAAAAGGAGAUUUAGUAGGUCUUGAAGAGGUUUUACAAAAUAAAGAUAAUGAGUUUGCUUUGGUUAAGAAUGAAAAAGAAGCUGUCCUCUGCCUGCAAAAUGAAAAAGAUCAGAAGUUGCUAGAGAUGGAGCAUGCAAUGAAGAACCAAAAUUUUGAAAUUAAAGAACUGAAGCAAUCACGAGAAAUUGUGUUAGAAGACUUAAAAAAGGUCCAUGUUGAGAAUGAAGAGAAGUUACAUCUCCUUAGGGCAGAGCUUCAGAGUUUGGAGCAGAGUCACCUAAAGGAACUAGAAGAUACCCUUCAAGAUAAGCACACACAGGAAUUUGAAAAAGUUUUGAAUGACCACAAGGUUUCUUUAGAGAAAUUAAAAAAGGAAAAUCAACAAAGACUUGAUCAAAUGCAAGAAUCCCAUGCAAUAGUUGUCCAAGAAAAGGAACAACAAUUACAGGAGUUAAAACUUAAAGUUUCUGAUUUGUCUGACCUGAGAUGCAAGUUAGAGGUUGAGCUUGCUUUGAAAGAAGCAGAAACUGAUGAAAUGAAAAUAUUAUUAGAAGAAAACAAAGCCCAGCAGCAGGAAACCUUAAAGGUCCUCAUUGAAAAAGAAACCGAAAACUUGAGAUCAGAGAUAAGCAAGUUAAAUCAGAAGAUUCUAGAUAACAAUGAGGACUACCAAAUAGGUUUAGCAGAGCUGAAAACGCUAAUGACCAUUGAAAAAGAUCAGUGCAUUUCAGAGUUGGUUGGUAGACAUGAAGAAGAAUCAAAUUUGCUGAGAGCUGAACUAAACAAGGUAACAUCUUUACAUCAACAAGCUUUUGAAGUUGAAACUAAAUUGAAAGAACAAAUAGUGGAAUUGCAGAGUAAGCUGGAGUUGGAAUUGAGUGUCCUUGAAAAACAAAGCAAUGAAAGAAUGGCCCAACAAGAAGAAAAAUAUGAAGCUACUAUCCACAAACUUGAAGAAGACAAAGAGAAAAUAGUUAUGAAUCAAGAACAAGACAGAGAACGACUCGUUCAGAAACUUAAUUGUGAAAAAGAGGAAGCUGUUCAAGUUGCCCUAAAAGAAUUUGAGUUACAGAGGGAUGCUGUUGAAAAAGAACUGUUGGAAAAAAUUAAACAUCUUGAGAGUCAAAUAACCAAAAGUCCUCCCAUUGAGCAUACCAGUGAAGAUUCGUCAAGUUUAGUUGCUGAACUUCAAGAAAAACUUCAGGAAGAAAAGGCCAAGUUUUUAGAGCAACUUGAAGAACAAGAAAAAAGAAAGAAUGAAGAAGUGCAAAAUGUUCGAACAUCUUUGAUUGCAGAACAACAGACUAAUUUUAACACUGUUCUAACAAGAGAAAAAAUGAAGAAAGAAAAUAUAAUAAAUGAUCUUAGUGACAAAUUGAAAAAUACAAUGCAACAACAAGAACGAGAUAAAGAUUUAAUUGAAUCCCUUUCUGAAGAUCGGGCUCGUUUACUUGAGGAGAAGAAAAAACUUGAAGAAGAAGUAAAUAAAUUGCGUAGUAGCAGUUUUGUUCCUCCACCAUAUUUAGCUACAGCCCCUGAACUUUGUGGUGCAUGUGCACCUGAACUCCCUGGUGAAACAGACAGAUUAGCCUCAGAAAUAACUGAUGAAGGAAGAACAGAUUCAGCAAUGGAAACAAGCAUGAUGUCUGUACAUGAAAACAUUCACAUGUUGUCUGAAGAAAAACAAAGGAUAAUGUUGUUAGAAAGAACUUUGCAGUUAAAAGAAGAAGAAAACAAGCGGUUAAAUCAGAGACUAAUGUCUCAAAGCAUGUCUUCAGUUUCUUCAAGGCAUUCUGAAAAAAUAGCUAUUAGAGAUUUUCAGGUUGGAGACUUGGUUCUCAUUAUAUUGGAUGAACGUCAUGACAAUUAUGUAUUAUUUACUGUUAGCCCAACUUUAUACUUCCUGCAUUCAGAGUCUCUUGCUGCAUUGGACCUCAAACCAGGUGAGUGUGCUUCAGGUACAUCUAGAAGACCUUGGGUACUUGGAAAAGUAAUGGAAAAGGAAUAUUGUCAAGCCAAAAAGGCACAGAACAGAUUUAAAGUUCCUCUGGGUACCAAAUUUUACCGAGUAAAAGCUGUGCCGUGGAACAAGAAAGUAUAACCCUCACAGGAAAUUCAUUUCAUUUUGUCAUAUUUUUUCUGCCUUGUCCUACAGUGUUCAUCCACCACUCCAAAAAUAGAAGGCCAUCUUUUUUAUACAGAAGUCAUUCUGACAAUAUACUUCAUUGAUGUACAACAUUUAUUUUUUAACAAAUUACAUUUUAGAAACAAGAAAUUCAUCAAAUCCCUUGGCUGAAUUACAGUUUUUUACCCAGAUGACUCUAGAAAUGCGGACCAAAUUAGUUCAUUUUCUCAAAGGGCAUACCCUAUACAUUGUGGCUUAUAAAUUAGCCAUAUUAAUUGCCUGUUAAAUAUACAUUAGCUUGAACUUAGAUGUUAAAUGUUAGUUACCAUUAUUACCAGCAUUUGUCCUUUUGUGAAAUCAUUAUCAGGAUACUUGCUCUCUUUAACACAUUCUUUAUAAUAUGUAUAAAUUCUUCAAAACUAUUUAAAGAGGAGUGUCAUUGCAUGCAGAUAAUCAUAUAAUUUUCUUAAACAUGAGUUUGCCUCUGUAGAUAACUACCACAACUUGUUUCAUUUUUUUUAAAUGCCCUUUGAUGUUUCAAGGAAAAAAAAAAGGAACCCUACAAUUGGAUUGACUGAUUUUAAGAUCAGCCACAGGUAAUCAGCAAUCUUCAAAGCACUUUCGAUGGAUUGAUCAAAUAGAUUCUGAAGGGAAGAAUCUGUGCAUUGACAGUUUUAAAUGUAAGCACAUGAACCUUCCCAAUAACACAGAAGUCUUGUAUUAAUCUAUUUAGAAAAAUCAUAUUGAUGAAAUUGUAAUUCAUGGUUGAGUUUCAGGAGGAAAAAAAACACUCAUUGUACAUUAACCAUAUAAAAGUCAUUUAAGUAACAAAUUAUUGUAUUGUAAAAGACAUGUAGAAUUUUAAAACAAUAAAGAUUUGAACCUGUAAAUGUGUGUGCCUUUUAAAGAAAAUGGUAAGUUUUUUAAUAAAUUUGAGUGAAUGCUGGAGAGUGUGAUAAGAUUAUUCUGUAUCAUUACAGCGCAGAGAAACAUCUGUAUUACAGAAAUGGUAUUCUUUAAUUUAUAUUACAGGAUAAAGAAGUAAGUGUUUUCCUAAGAAGUAGAAAUGAAUUGUGGCAAACUCCCUUUGCUCCUAGAAGCAAGUGUUAAGCAAAGGCAUUUCAAUGAGUUAUCAGGUUAGAGAGUUUUAGUUAUGUUGCUAUAGGACAAUAAUGAAAUUAUUCAUUUGCAGAAAAUAUUUAACAGUAUUCAUGAAAGAGUUAAAUGUGUUUUUUAAAGAUGUGUAUCUAUUAGAACAGAAAGCAAAAUGGAAUAAACACAACAGUGUAAAAAAUUCUUGAG